GUCCCACUGCUAGGCCGCACCUCGUCCAUCCCACUGUCUGGAAACGAUGGGAAAUCUUCGGAAGAAGCAAACUAUGUAACUUUUUUCCUUAGAGGCACGUGUAUGGAUAUAAUCAACACAGCCUCUCUUCCGAGGCACAAGGACAUCUUCCCUUUCUCUCCAAACCUGCUCUUUAGAACAUGCACUUCUUCCACCCAUACAGCUUCCCUGCACCAUACUCCUACAGCACCAUGAUUCCAACCUCCCUACCUCCACAUGCGCUGUCGUCAUACAACGGCAGCUGCCGUCUGCCACCCAUCCACCCCCAGUAUCCGCUGCUCUUCAACCCACCUCCGCAGCCCUUCUGCCUGGGUAGCAGGGACCGCAGGAAGGGUCCCCAAGACCCUGGUCAACAGUACCACCACCACUACUACAGCUCCUGGCCUUGGCACAUGUGGUCUAACAACCUUUUGAAUUACCAGCGUUUGUAUUCACACCCUCUGGCACCUCCGGCCCCAGUGGCCCCCACCCCUCCUAAGCCCUCCAGGUUCCAGACUCAAACCUGGCCAGAGGGCUUCACCCUGAGAGGAGAUCUCCGCUGGGGCAGGCUGGAGAGGGUGUACGGCCCUCGGAGGGAGCUUCCAGAGUUUGUGAGGGAGGAUCUGCGGAGGGUUUAUGGGACCUACCCUCGGACGGACCUGAGCAUCACCUACCAGGGUGGGGAGUACGUGGUGAGAGGGGACCCCCAUGUCGGGGAGCAGGAGUACCGGGUGGAGAGGAGGGUGGUCCAGCUGGCAGAAAGCCCAGAGGGGGACAGCGUGAGCGAAGUGGUGGAGGAGAGGAAGAAAAAAAGAGGAUGGAAGGGAAAGAGAUCAUGAAGGAGAAGGAGAACUUCCAGCCUGGAUGAUGAGGUGGGCCAGUGCCAUGCUCCGACAUGAGUUUGAAAAUGUUUUUGUUAAGGGUUUCAGUCAAAGAGACACAAGACAGCAGUGCCCUCAUUUGAUUGAUAGCUUCGAAUAUUUGUUAUAAAGAUGAUUUAAGUGAACAUGUUUAUUUGUGCUGAAUGAGAUGUUUGUGGACAUGCUUUUUGUAAAAAAAAAAACACGUUCCAUAUUUAUACUUAUUUAUACUACAAUAGUAAACAAACGCAAUGCAUGAAUCAAUCUUUAUUAAAUCAUUUCAGUAUCAGUGUCAAACUAAACCCCUCAUACCUCAAGGUAGGCUGUUGUAACAGCGAAUGUGGUCUGGAAGUCAUAGUCAUCAAUAACCUUUCUGAAGUGUAAAGUCACAUGGUUGUGUGCCUUCUAGUUUUGUGAAAUCUUGCUCUUUUGUGGUUUGGUGAUGUCAUCUGAAUUAUGUAUAAAAACAAUGAAUCAUCAACCCCCCCCCUCCCCCCAUAAGCGAUCAUCCAUUUUAUGCACAAAACAUUGAGGUAUACAACACCCUCAUGUUUGUGAAUCAUCCUACUGUUGUCUCCAUGACAGCAGGUUUCAUGGAAUGAUAGCAUUGAGCCAUGAUCCAGCUGAUAAGACAUACUGUCUGGGUGUGUGGGCUUGGUAUGUCAGAGGUGUAAUCUGCAACCUCAUAUUUACUGAAAACCAUCUGUGCACAACCACGCACUGUUUUCCUGGAAGUCACCCCACAUUCCAUCAUUUCUCAAUUGUCUAAUUCAAAAUUUGCAAGUAAAUAAAUGAGACAUGAAUGCCAUAAUAUCUUUGAUCAGUGUUGUUUAUUUAUAUGUACACUGAAUGUAAUUAGACUUUAAAUCAGAACCCUUAAAAUAUGUACUUUAGAGAUGUACUUUAAAAUGUCUAAUGAUGUGUUGGCCACCAAAAAAGCUACAACACUGUCACAGUUUACAGCAUCAAUGUGUUUGGUUCAAGAGAGCCAUUUCCUGUUGGGGAUUUGGUGUCCCAGCUGUCAGGCAGCACCAAACCAAAAGAACUGAGCCCAUAGAUGCCACAUGAAGAAGUCCCCAUCUAUGGAAUUCAGUUCUCAGGGCAGAGUACCUCUUGUUCAGAACCUCUUGUAGCACAUCUCUUACCAAAACAUCCUUGUGGAGGAAACUACCAAAUUUCAAAAUAGUCUCUCUCUUUGCAGAAUUGCAGAAGCAAUUCCCCACAGCAGAACUUUGAAAAUAUAUUUACAUUUACUGUCAGUUUGUUUCACACUUUGAUGACCUUCCCUAUAGCCUUCCUGGCAGUUGGAACAAGAGUCAAUGUCAGAUGAUGUCAGCUGAUCAGUGCCUCCCCCUUCUGCUUUCAGUCCAAUGGCCUCAUGAUGAUGAUGAGGCAGAUUAUAGCAUAACCUGGCAGGAAGUACUCUGUUCAUGUGUGGGGCCAUAGCUCUGUCUGUAAGGCGGCCUGAUCUCUAAACACAUAUACACUUUUACUGUACAAGCCUCUAGCCUGACACAGGUCCCAGUUAAUAUGCCUAUGAUGGUUCCCUGUUAAUGUACCUAUGAUGGUAUUGUCACACUCUCCCUAGUCUUUGACAGUCUCUAGUGUCCUCAAUUCUUUCUACCAAAAGUGAAAGAAAGAAAAACUGAAGCCUGAUGGCACUUUGUACCUAAAAAUCCAUAUUCUAAAGAUUCAUCUGAGGAUUCAAAGAUGAAUCAAGACCAGGGUCAGUAUCCUCAUUCCAAAGCCAGUGUUGGAGGAGGGCUUUCUGAUCUAGGUUAUAUAUGUCUACAAAAGCCUUAACAAUAUCUAUCUUACAGGAUGUAAGAGAAAGAUCCGCGCCAAGGGAAGGAUUCCUAAAAAUGUUUCACAAUGCUGCUGACAGUUGGCUGAAAGGAAAGUGAGUCGUCCUCCAUGUUGAAUUGAUACAAUUGCUGAGUCACAUUUCUAGAGAAAGAUAGAGCCAUUAAGUGACUCAUUCUUAGCUACAACUACAGCAGUCAGAGUAAAGAAAGGCACACUUGUGGUUGACUCCAUUAGCUGAAGUUGAAUUGAAUACUAUAAUCUAUACGUUAAUACCCUUCCUGUGUGUUCAAGGAUGUAGCUAGUGCACUUAUUAGCUUGUUAUCCAAUACUAAACAGACAGAACCCUUGCUCCAAAGUCCAUUUAGAGAUUAGGCAGUCGACAUUUGUUGAAAUCUCACCUCAUCAUGAGUAGUUCAUGAAGAACAUUAAAGUCAAUAGUCAUUGGUAUUUAUGCAGUGUGGGGACAUUCCUCUGAGGACACACACACACACACACAAACAGCAGCAAAGUAGGCUUGAGGAAGACUGCACCUGAAUACUGUAUGUUCAGGAAACUUUCUGUCUUCCUGUAAGUUGGGCGUUUGAUACAACCGGUUCCACAGCCUGUUAUUCUAUGGUUGUAGAAACUACACAAUCUGUCUAAUUACCAUGGUUAACCCCAUCAAGCAUUCUAGAGAUCAGACUUAAUUACUGGUGCCUAAUUGCAAACAGUAAAUAAGUUUUGUUCAUGAAGUAACUUACCAACCAAAUCUUCAGAUUGUCAGUCCCAGAGUAGAAACGAUUUCACACAUUACUGUCUUUAGUUGAAAAGUUGAAAAGAAAACUGAAAGCUUAAGAUAUGACCGUAACCCAAAAGCAAACCCCGUGAGCAACAGUGAUGUCCAGGCCUGGUUUGGGUAAGGCUGUCAGACUUACAGCAACUCAUGAUGAAUGAUGAUCCUUCCUGAUCCAAUAUGUCUGAGGUCCUGCUCCUUCUCCACUCUCUUGUCUC